AAAAUCUUACAACUGAACAGUCCAGAGCUUCCGCUAUGUCGGCCAGACCUUUUGAAAGUCCUCCGCCUUAUCGACCAGACGAAUUCAAACCUUCACACUAUGCACCAAGCAGUAAUACAUAUGGUGGCGAAUUUCAUUCUCAGCCCAUGUUUUCUCAACCUGCAUAUUCUUACUAUCCAGAAGAUGAAGUGCAACACUUCUACAGAUGGACCUCCCCUCCGGGAAUAAUCAAGAUCAUGUCAAUUCUCAUAAUAGUGAUGUGUAUUGGAGUCUUUGCUUGUGUUGCCUCCACAUUGGCUUGGGACCUAUAUGGAGGUUCCCUGGGAACUGGCUAUCUUGGAGGCUAUGGAGGCUACGGAGGCUACGGAGGCUAUGGAGGAGCAGGCAUUGGAAGCAACUAUGGCGGUUUUAGUGGCGGCAGUGGUUUGGGAGGUUAUGGUGGCUAUAAUGGUGCAUAUAAUUUUGGAGGGAGUUAUAUUGAUCAACAAUCGGGAAAAGGUUUCAUACUUGCAAUGGCAGCUUUUUGCUUUAUUGCUGGAUUGGUGAUUUUUGUAAUUGGCGUUACCAGGACUAGCAUGGCCAGGACGAGGAAGUAUUACCUUCUUGUGAUAAUAGGAAGUGCUAUCUUCCUCUUCUUGACGUUCAUUGCUACCAUAGUGUAUAUUCUGGCAGUCAACCCAACUGCACAAGCUUCCGGCUCGAUGUUCUACAAUCAGAUUUAUAUGAUGUGCAGCCAAUUUUAUGGAGCUGCAGGCAGUACAUUCGUUGGAAAUCAAUACUUGUAUCACUAUUGUGUGGUGGACCCUCAGGAGGCUAUUGCCAUUGUAUUAGGCUUCCUGAUUGUCGCAGCUUUUGCCAUAAUAAUAUUCUUUGCAGUAAAGACCCGAAGUAAAAUUAAUUACUAUGGUAAACCGAAUAUCCUCUGGGAAAAGAUAAAAAGUUAUGAUGAUGCUCCCAAUGUAGAAGAAUGGGUCAAGAAUGUAGAACCAGCAGCACCUACACCAGUAGCCGACUAUCCAGAUCGAGUUGCCAGUUCUGCGGGUUACUCUGUUUCUGAUGUUCCUGGACGUCAGAUAUACAAUGACAACAGCUACAGAGCUACUCCGAUACCUGAAGCUGCUGUUCCCUUAACAAAGGAUCUAAAGCAAUCUCAAUAUGCCAACACCAGCAGUUACAAUGGCUCAACUAAGGAGCCGGCACAAAAAAGAAGAGCAGGAAGACCAAAGAGAACCAAUAAGGACAACUAUGAUGGAGAUUAUACCACUGGAGGAGAGUCUUGUGAUGAACUGGAAGAGGACUGGGACAGAGAAUAUCCAGCUGUAACAUCAGACCAGCAAAGGCAAACAUACAAGCGAGACUUUGAUGCAGGGCUACAAGAAUAUAAGCGGCUGCAAGCAGAGCUUGAUGAGAUCAGCAAAGAACUCUCUCGUCUUGAUAAAGACUUGGAUGACUAUAUUGAGGACAGUGAAGAAUAUAAGGCGGCUGCUGACGAAUACAACAGAUUGAAGGAAAUAAAAUCAUCAGCAGACUAUAAGACCCGAAAAGCACACUGCAAGAUACUAAAGAGUAAACUCUCUCAUAUCAAAAGGAUGGUCAGUGAUUACGACAGUCGGAAAUCAUAACAAGAAGGAAGAAAAUCAGUCUACUUGCUUAUAUAUUUUCAUAAUCCUGGACAAUAGGUAAUGAGAGUGAGCUUUUGUUCAUUUCUACUUCACCAUUACAACACUUGUGCCAUGUUUACUCUGAAAUAUGAAUUUUGGCACUGAAUAUAUGAGGCCUCCUGUAGUUUCCCUGAGUCAAGGAAUUUCACCGUUCUUUAUAUCAGGUUUUCCUAUUGUAAUAUAAAAUGGUGAACAUCUUGAGCUUUGCCUAACUUAACAUGGAGACCCAUGAUUUAUUUUCCUCAGUAUGUUGCAAACUCAUUUUAAAAA